AUGAACCGGUGCCGGGAAGAUUUCACGAAGCCCCCAGCACGCAAACCGCCAGUCACGUCCCGACGAGCGCGUCACACCACUCUGUGCCCAGCCUCUGCGGUUCACCAGGGCUUCAUCAGGCCGAGACAGCGGGAUGCUUCCAGAGCACAUGGCUUCCAUGAUGUACGCGGGGCUGUAGCCUGUGAUCACUGCCCCCCAGUACCCACAGGCCACAAAGCGGGCAAACCAAUUCUCCCUCAUCGCCGUCAACAUAGCUCCAACCGGAAGCUUUUUGCUAAUAAGCGACCGUCCUACCAAGACCUGCAGCAAGCGGAUCCUAAGGAUAGUGGACUUCAGGGCGGCGGUCACCCCAAGCAGGACGGUCACCAGAGUGAAAUCCUCGCCGGUAACCAAAAUGACGACUUCCAGGAUCAACUCCGACAGGAUCUCGUUGGGCGUCCUUUUUCAACCUGGAACAUGGAACGUCGAACGUUCUUCCGGCCAGUCGUAGAUUUCACGACGGGUGCCAGGGCAGGCUCCUUAACGUACCAUCCGCGCAGCGACGAGAAACAAUGGUACAACGUUACCCCAAAAGUACAGAUGGUGCUGAGGGCAACAUUCGGGUCGCGCUGAGCUUCGGGCAGCUGUGCGAGCGCGUCGAUGCAGCCACACCACCAUUGCUGAGUGUUGGUCGUGAACAUGCGUGCCGUACUGUACGACAUUCUUUGCUUCGCUGCCUUCAACAAGCUUGAACGAACACUCGAACACGUCAACGAGACCGUUACUGUCCUCUAA